AUGAAUUUGUAUUACAACGCAACCCCAUGUUGGGCGCCAUUUUAUAGCGUUAAGCGCUUUUAUUUACAUUUUCAGAAUAUAACAUUUGGAUAUGUUUUAUUUCAGAAACCACCCUUAAAACGAGAAGAUUCUUUUUUACAACGUUUUUCUACGAGGCAAAUACCGGAAACACAAGAAACUGUCGAGGACACUGGCAGCGAAGGAGGUACUGCAGGUGAUAACCACUCAGCGCCUCGUCGAAGAAGACGUCACCGAAAACAACCGAAGAGCGUUGUUAAUCCAGACUCGAACUUUUAUUUUUAUUGGUUACUAGUUUUGACUGUGUGUGUUUUGUACAAUCUUUGGACUUUAAUAGUGCGUGAAAGUUUUCCUGAACUUCAGGAAAUGAUUUCAAGUUUUUGGCUAACCUGUGAUUCCAUGAGUGAUUUGGUGUUCAUUUUGGACCUGGCCGUGCAGCUUCGUACCGGUUAUUUGGAACAGGGGCUGAUGGUGUACGAUUCGAAAAAAUUGGCCUGUCACUACUUACGCUCUCGUGCCUUCUUGCUGGACCUGGCAGCCCUAUGUCCGCUCGAUCUUCUCCAAUUUAGCUUAGGAUGGCAUCCGUUACUUAGAUGUCCGAGAUUUUUAAAGGUAUAUCGUGCCGUUAAUUAUUAUUAUAUGGUAGAGUCCAGAACUGUUUGGCCGAAUUUAUGGAGAGUGAUAAAUCUAAUUCAUAUUCUUUUGAUACUUGCUCAUUGGUUUGGAUGUUUCUAUUUUUUAUUAUCGGAAGCAGAAGGUUUUCGGGUAAGUUAG